GUCGCAGCACGCGAUCAGUGAUUUGGCUUGUGAUCCUUGUUGUGAUUCUGGGCAUAGAAGAAGCAAAUAUUGGGAGAAACUAUCUUCCCAGUACGAAAUUCAAUCAGAGCGAAGCGGAAUCGAGUGUUAUCAGUCUGUGCGAUUUUUUGGCGCGCGCGCAAUGAUUUUUGUUUGGGACAGUUUUUCUGUCCGUUUUUCCGCAGAAAAUGCGCGCACGAGACGAAGAGCGAGCUGAGCGAGAUGGAGCGAGACUGCUCGCCAGGCUGGAGAUCAGUUGGAGCGCAAAAUGCACAAGCGAUCAGAACGGUCUCGAGUGCAGACGUGAGUUGCAGUUUGAAUUGCUUUACAGAGAUUAAUUGAGCGCAGAUUUGUGCCCAUUAAUUGGCAAGAGUGAAAGUGACUAGAGAUUUUCCAUUGUUGCGCGAGAUCAGCUGUGGGAAAAAUUCAGCAGUAAAAGUGCAGCAUUCUGUCGAGGGAAAUGGCCUUUUUCCGGAAUAUCUGGAAGAAUUCAAAGCACAAGAAACUGUGCGAGGAAUGGGCGCUUGCCACGAACAUGAGGGACUUCAAUGAUCCUCACGAGGACUUGGAGGACGGCUCGGAGCCCUCGGCGUUCGCCGUGAAGUACUUGGGCAGCACUGUGAUCGACGCCGCCCGAUCUGAGGAUGCCACAGCCGAGGCGGUCAAGACGGUGAUCUCAACAGCUAAAGCCAGUGGCAAGAAGCUGCAGCGUGUCAAUCUUUCAGUCUCUCCUAAAGGCAUUGAGGUUUACGAUCCGGUUUCUGGUGAGACUCAGCAGCAAGUUUCCGUCUAUCGGAUAUCGUAUUGCUCAGCGGAUGCGACUCAUGACCAUGUCUUUGCAUUCGUGAGCAGUCUCUCUGAGGUCUCAGAGACCCCGGCCCUGCUCGAGUGCCACGCAUUCCUCUGCCCAAAGCGCAAAGUGGCCCAAGAAGUUGCUCUCACCGUGGCCAGGAGCUUUGGGCGCGCCUAUGAGCUGUGGCAGGCGGCGUCAAAGCGGCGGAAGGUGAUGGAGGAACAAAAACAGGAUAUAGUUCAGCCAGAGAGCAAGGCUGUGAGGAGUCUCUUGAUCGACUUCAGUGCAGAAACAGACAUUUGCAAGGAUCGCAGCGCGUACUUCCAGAACACGUGGGUGUCCUUCGAGGAGAACGAGUCCACCCACGAUCUCAGCUUCAUUUCACACAGACAUGACAAUUCUAUGGCGUGCUCCUGAGGGAAUCACAAACAUUUUAUUAUCUGUAAUCUAUUGAAGAAUAUAAUGGUGGUUUUUUAGCGGA